UCUGUUAGAGGAAGCGCCGCUCCUUCCUGCCUCCCAGGCUGCCCAGCGGCGCCGGUUGCCGGGGAACCCUGGCGCCUGGGGACGGGAUGGCGGGAGGAACUCGGCUUGGGUGCGGGGGACCGAGUUGAGUUGGAGAAGAGGAGCUGGGGAUCGUCAUGAAACAACGCAAAAGCCAAGGGCCCGGGGGCGGCCGUAGCCGCAGGAAGAGAGGUUUGAGUGACAUUUCUCCAUCUACAAGCUUACCACCUCUGGUUGAAGGCCAGCUACGCUGCUUUCUGAAACUUACCGUUAAUCGAGUCAUAUGGAAGAUCACAAAGCCUCCUGCUUCUGUACUUGUUCGAGUGCGAUGGUGGGGAGAAACAUCCGAUGGAACCCUCUUUUGUCCCAGGGAUGCUCUGCAGACAGAGCCAAAAGUUGUGAGGACAACCACACGUUAUGCUAUUCGCUGUGGUCCGAAGCAGUUUACUUCGUACCUAACAGAUAUGGCUGUGCUGGUACUAGAAGUUAUCACCAAGCUUGAUCAUCUUCCAGUUGGGAGAGUUCAUAUCAAUGGACUAGCCCAGCUUUCUCCAACCCAUCACAUCAGUGGACUGUUCACCAUUAUCUCACCAACAUCUAAGAAACUUGGAGAACUCCAGGUUUCACUUGCCUUGGAACCUCUGUCAGAAACAUAUGACAGUUACAGUCCUCUUCCCACCACUGACAUGACAGAUAAUCUGCUUUUAACUGAGCAAGGAUUCAGAGAAAAUACUGAACCCAACAAUAUCCAGUUUCUGGUUUCACCAAAACCUCAAAGGAUACCUACUGCCAAAAUUGAUGGAAAAGAAUUAGCAGCCAAUAGUAGUCGAUCAACUACUCCAAAGGGGAAGGACCACUUGUACUUUGCAGAGACCUCUGAUACAGUAAAGGACCCUUUCUUUGGACUACAGCACCAUCCUGAUUCAGAACAGAACUCAGACUCUAUGACUCUGAAAAGCAAAGCCCCACGGAAGCAAAUGUCCCUUCUAAACAGUACUGAUUUACAAUCUCAAAUUAAGACAGUCUCCAAGAGCCACAGUGAAUCAUGCAUCCUUUCUUCAAACAAUCCCCCCACCAAGGAUCUUCUUUCAGCUUUGUUAGAACAAGGAAAUAAACUGCGUAAUGCCAUGGUGAUUUCUACAAUGAAAUCAACUCCAGAUACUAGCAUGUUGUUGGAUGAAGUUGAUCUUCCUAUGAAGAAAGAUUUUCUUACAGAGUCAACACAAAUUAAAGCCUUGUCUAGGGAUAAACUUAAAGACCACACCGAAGGCCACUUUCUUUCUCCAACUGAGAAUGCGUUCUGGAAGCACGAUACAAACACUGAUGCUGGAGCCAUCCAGUUGCUAUUAGGCAGCACGAAAUUAAGCCAAGGUGAUUUCUGGAAUGGACUAGGCUCUCCUCCAGAUUCCCCAUCUCCCAGGAGUGAGGUAUACUGCAGCAGUGAGCCCAGUGACCCUCAGUAUGACCAGAGUCUCCUGGAGAACUUAUUUUACACAGUACCUAAAUCUGAAAGCAGUGUCAGUGAUUUCUACAGUGAAGAGGAUGAUAACGUCACUUCUAAAAAACUGAAACAGUCAAACGCUCCUGACAGAUAUCCUAAGGUUCUGGAGUCAAGGGACCAUAAGCUGAAGAAUACAGCAGGCAAGAGAAGUAGGAAUUUAAUUGAACAACAGAUACAAUCAGAAACUCCUGAAGAAACCCAAAGGGUAACACUAAGUCCAGAUAGACUGGCCCUUCUGGGUAGAACACAUUCAGUCCGAAUCAUCAUUGAAACAAUGGGAGUUCCUCCACAAAGUCCUCAAGUGACCCUAGGCCAAAAAAAUUUUCCUGGGAGGCCAUCUAAGCUGACGCCAGCAAAAAAGCGCACCUUCUUUGUGAAAUACCAUUUUCCUGUGGGCUUUUCCAAAAGUGGAGUGGGAAAGACGGCUCUGGUCACUGAGGUUGUUCGACUUGCCUCCAGUAAGAUUACAGAUGGAAUGGUGAAAUUCCAGCAUCGGUCUGUGUUUCCGGUACAGUUUGAUGGCCCGAUGAUAGAAUACUGGUGGAAUUCCAGCCUCGUUUUCCAAAUUUACGCAAAGAAUGCCCCACAGAAAAAGCCAGAAGUUAUUGGAUCAGCAUCACUACCUUUGCGUGCUGUCAUUCAGUCAGAGCUACUUUCUUUUAAUAAGCUGCUUCCAGUGCAGCAAGAAGAUUGUCAGAGUUCACUUGGCCCUCUCAAGGUAACUGUGGAGCUUGUUCUAGAUAACAAAGAUUUUGCUGGUGUCACUGCUAAACAUAAUAGCAAAACCCAUCAUACCCUACUUGGUGCUCUUUUAAGUCCUGAUAAGACACUGCUAGAAUCUAGCCAACUUGCUUCACGUAUCAGAAAUCCACAGAAGCCAGAACAGAUUCAUGAAGACAUUGCAAAUAAGGCACAGAACUUGGCACUAGCUGACCCAAAGUCACCACGCCCUGUUGUGCCAAAUCUUUCAGCAGACUUUGUAAAUGUGCCCACCUCCCACAAUGUUGUGAAUCAGACAAAUGGGUCAUCAAAGAAGAAUGCUUUGCUGUUGCACGUGCUGUUGAUGGUGCCAGAUGGGAAAGAUUUCAUUACUGGAGACUCCGAGAAACAGCCACCUUGCAAUAUUUAUUUAAAUUGCAAGCUCUUCAGCACAGAAGAAGUUGCGAAAUCUGCCAUCGCGUGGGGCACAACACAACCAGUCUUUAACUUUUCUCAGGUGAUUCCUGUCUCUCUGUCUUCCAAAUACCUGGAAAGGUUUAAAAACAAUGUGAUGAUAAUUGAAACUUGGAACAAGGUGCGGCGCCCAGGACAGGAUAAGCUGCUCGGUCUGGUGAAGCUCCCUCUCCAUCAGUUUUACAUGUCAUUCAAAGAUCCCCAAAUUUCUCACAUACUGCUUGAUGCACAGUAUCCAGUGGUCGCUGUUGAUAGCUCCAUGCCUGUGAUUGACGUGUUCUCGGGCCAGCAGAACGGGAGCCUACGAGUCUUUCUAGCCAUGGGUUCUGCAGAGCAGAUAAUGGCACUACAGAGAUUAAAGAAUGAAGAGGAAGUACGUCCUCCCUUCGGUUGUAGUUCAGCUCAUAUCUCGAACCCACCAUCAGCAGCAUCUGUUGCUACGGUGGAGGAGCAAGGAAAUAUAUUAGCGGAUCACCACUUCGAACUCCAUAUAGAAAAGGUUAAAGGACUAGCCCUGCUUCAGGCAACAGUGUGGGGAGAAGCAGACUGUUAUGUCCAGUACUACUUCCCAGUCCAGGACUCACAGUCCAGUGUGGUGAAAGAACCUGAGCUCCUUGAAAAGGGAAUCACUGUGAAGCCUUUCAGAUCUGCAACCACUCUCUGUGUUCCUGAUCCCAUCUUCACUAGUGAGCACCAUCACUCUCUCCUGUUGCCAGCUGAAGUUCCAGUGCAGAGACUCCUUCUCAGUGUCUUCUCUGCACAGGGGGCCGUGCCUGGAGGUGGAGUCCAGUUUGAAGUCUGGUACAGAUACUAUUAUCCUACUGUGAAAGACCAGAUGGUUGCCAAAGGAACCUUGCCAUUAUCAAGGAUCUGUGCCAUGGUAACCACGCAGCACCAUGAGGACGUGGGAAUACAAACCUUCAGUCUCCCCUUGACGCCUAGACUUGAGAGCAGGAAAGAACUGAGGAACCAGUCAUCAGGGUUGUUGGAUGUGGGCCUAAGGUAUAGAAGGACUCUGAGGACAGCAGAGGGAGUUCUUGCUGCCCGGACUGUGUCUAUCUCGGUCCAGAUUAUUAGAGCCUGUGGUCUCCAAGCAGCAGCCAAGGCUUUGGCCGAGCAGGAACCCGCUCUGCAGUUCAGUGCUGCAGUUGGAGUCAAUGCCUUUGUCACCACCCACCUCUCUUUCCUGCCCAAGGGGGAACUGCGCCAGACCCGUCCUGUGGCCUGUUCCUUCUGCCCCGAGUUCUCCCAUCACAUUGAGUUCCCGUGUCAGGUGGUCACUCAGCAUAGCAGUGGGGAGGCUUGUUUCCUGGCGGAGCUGUUGGAAUUUGCAGAGGUCACUUUUGCGAUUUAUCACGAAAACACCAAAUCAGUCGGAAAUAUAACGAGUAUCAAUUUGUUCAAAGAUUAUCUGCUUGGAAUAGUGAAAGUCCCAACAAAAGAGCUACUAGUCAAGAGAUCUGGGAUCAUAGGAUGGUAUCCUAUCAUUUUGCCUGAAGACGGAACUCUACCUCACAGCCUGGAUCUUAUGCAGAAGAUUGUGGGUGGUCUAGAGCUCUCUAUCUCCUUCACCCAUCCUGGAGACAGAGAACGGGUGCUGGAAGCUGCCGAGCUUUUGGGUUGGAGCUAUGAGGAUAAGCUCAAGGACCUAACCAAGAUGAACAAGAACGAGCCAGCCAUCAUCACCAUAUCUACCCCAAGGCUGUGGCUGCCCACCCAUUGUGUGUUGCUUGCUGGCCAGACACACAUUCAUAAGAGCACGCACUGCUACCUCCGCUACAAGCUGUAUGAUCAUGAUGGCUUCUGGACCCCUCUGAAGAAGCCCAAGGAAUGUACAAACAAAAAGCUGGUCAUGGUUACUUUCAAGACAUCCAAAAGAGCCGAAGUGACGAGGAGUCCAUCUCUGCUUUGGUACUUCAGGGAGGAGCGGUUAGAGGUCCAAGUGUGGCGGGCUUAUGGCAAUGAUAGUGUGGAGAGGCCCCACCAGACGGACACCUGGAUUGGCUCAGCCUAUGUGGACCUGGCCAGACUUGGCGAGAGGUCAUCUGAGACACUGACUGUCAGUGGUGUGUAUCCUCUGUUUGGACGAAACGCUUCUAACCUCUCAGGAGCUGCUGUGCGCGUUCAUGUGGUUCUUUCCUCUCAGGCCCCACACUUGGGCCCCGUUCCUGAGGGGGACUCCAUGGACUGCAGCAGCCACAGUGAGUCUGAGCAGCUCCCGCGGACGAGCACCGAAAUCCAGCUCUCUCCACCACGGGAGCUCCCGAAGUCCUCUGCCUCCAUCCAGGUCCCCAGCAACAGCAACGCCACAGAAGUCGACCCGGAGGAGCCUGCCAAGCUGAAGGAGACUUUCACAGUCAGUAUCCUGGUAGAAAGAGCCAUGCACCUGAGCCUGAAAGGGAGCCCCUUGACCAAGCGGAAAGUAUCAGUGCCCAGUUGCCGUGUGUCCUUUGUGACAGCUGAGGAGCCAUCACCUGUCUACACCCACGUGGUUGAAAACACUGAUUCUCCCAUUUGGAAUUUUCAACAGCAGUCGAGGCUAUCGAAAGAGCUCCUUCUGGACCCAAAACAAACAUUGGUCUUCAAAGUUUGGCAUAAAGGAGAUGAAGAGAGGGUGAUUGGCUUUGCCUCAGUGGACCUCUCCCCACUUCUUUCGGGCUUUCAGUUUGUCUGUGGCUGGUACAACAUCACAGACUUCAGUGGAGACUGCCAAGGGCAGAUUAAAGUUGCUGUGUCCCCCUUGGAGAACUUGAUGCACUUCAAAGAAGAAAGACAAGCAAGACGUGGGGUGGAGACCCCCGGAUCACGGAUUCCUAUAUAUAGUUCCUUUUCCUUCCCUGCCUCUGACAUGCUCCCCAGCAGCUUUGUAAGUCAGGCCCCAGAACCAUUUGCUCAGACUUCUUCAAAAGAGUUUGAUUUCUCCUCUACUGGGAGAAGUGGCAUCACAAGAACGCAGGCAUCACGGCACGAGGAGCAUGUGCAGAACAUCCGCAGGUUCCACGAGUCCCUGCAGCAGGGAGAGACAGCCUUGCCAAGUGACAACGGACUGGUCAGCUCACCCUCCCGUCCUUCCAUUCUGACUUCCCUCAGGAAGAAUCUGAGUGAACUAGAUCAGAUUCAGAGGUACUUCAGUCAGAAGCUCACCAAGCCUUUACCUCCCUUCAGCCCUCAGUCUCAUUCCUCCAGCUUGCAGUGCCAGGAGAGCCAGAGGUACCAGCUUGGACCCAGAACCAGCAGCCUAGACCCUGAGAGCCAGUGCAUUCUGGAGAAAUCCAAUAACCUGGUGUUGCAAGUCAGCUCCUUGAUCACGGAUCUGCAGACCAUCACCAGGAACUCUCAUGCACCUCUGAGUUCUCAUGGAGCCAGGAAUCGCAGCCGAGACGCAGCCACCCUCCCGGAAGCUCAGGACAGUUCGACAGCCAUGCCAGAACCACGCCCCGCUCCAGAUCUUCCAUGGGCAAGCGCUCCUGAUGAGGGCAAGACUCUGGAAGCUCCAGACAAGGGCAAGAUUCUGGAAGAGCCUUUGGGUAGAAGAGCGUGCCAUGUGUCCCCGGGGCACACAGUCCCCAUGGUAGAGGGGCAGAGCAGUGAGGGCACGGAAGCCGGCUGGGCCUACAGCGACGAGGACUAUGAAGAAGACGUCAUUGAGCCUAGGCCCCUCAAUGAGAUCACCACCAUGACAGAUAAAACCAGCCCUUGGUCCAGUUUGGUGUCAGAGAGGAGCGAGAUCCUCAGCCCUCAGCCUGCUGAGCUUCAGAGGGAAGGUCCUCCUUGUCCUUCGCCAGAGCCUGGUUCCAUAAAGGGGCUCCAGGUCAAGAGUCCGUCCCCCCCAGUAAGGACAGUUUCCCCCCACCUGGCGAGGCAGGGCCCAGCUAGCCUCAGGCCUCCUCCUCGCAACAGUCAGGCCACCAAGGCCAGGCUUGGAGACCCUGUCUCGGCAGGCCCUGCCCAGCGGAGCCGUCUCCUUAAGGAGCAGAGUCCACCCCGGGCAGCAGAGGACAGAGAGCCCGAGCCAGCCCAGCUUGAGGACGCAGCUGCCUCCAGUGAGCUCAGUGACUCUGUGGAGAGCUUUGAAGAACUCCCUCUACACCUGGCCUCCCUGGACCAAGGGGGUGACCGCCAGGGGCCACCCGUCAGCGGCCCUUACAGCCAGCAGCAGCCGGCAGCAUCUGGAGCUGAGGCAUCCGCACGGCAGAGCCUCCUCCCAGAGCCCAUCGUGGUGCCCAACUUCUUUCUGCCUCCCGAGCAGUUGGAGGCAUCCAUGCGGAUGCUCUCACUCUCUGCAGCUCUGCCCCGACCAGUCUCGACAGAUGAGGUCAGGAGUGAGGCCGCCAGAGGAGCCCCGUCCCGAAGGUCUGGUCGCCCCAGACCUAACUCGCUCCCUCCCGACCUGCCUGAGGAGGAAACUCGUAGGAUUGCUCGGAUAUUCUCUUCCCGGAUCUCUCAAAAGGACUAGAGCAACCUACAGGCUGCAGGAAGGACCAUCUGCCUCGUCCAUGGGCACUGGAGCCCCCGUCGGCCCAGACUGCCCCACAGGCCACGCUUCCUCCUCUGGUGAGGCAGAGGCUGGAUGUCUGCGCCUGCGUGGCCCGCCCAGCUGUAGGCCGUGGGUGAUGCUAAGCAAGCAUCUCCCACUGAGAUUCUCCUCCCAGUGGCCUUGGCGCGGCAAACAGGAGCCCACCUGGGUCCCGGGGGAGGGGGAGCUGCAGGGGAUUGUAGGUUGUGUGUGUUGCAGAGCCCGGGGAAUCCUAGCAGUUUGUGGGCUCAGCAUGAGAGUGUUUCCUAGAUUUAAAUUAUUUUUUCACUAUGUUGGACUUAGUUGAAAGGAGAGGAGGGGGAACGCCCCUUCGACCAUUUUAGUGAUUGGAGUUCUAACCAUGCUUUUAAUUUAUUGUUUUUACGCAGCUCUGAAGGUCCUAUUGUUCCUGCCUAUGUUUGAAUAAAAUUGUGUUGAUGUUUGUA